UCGAAAUUUAAGAACUGGUCAGCAGCAAAUACUGUGAAUUGAGCAUCAAAUGCUGGAAGUUCCAUGCAUACUGGUGGUUCCAUAUCUAUGGGUGAACAUGCACGCAGAAUGGAGAAAGCUACGGGAGUAAAACCUUCUCUAGAGGAGGUUUAUACUAAAUGCCACACCAAAAAAGACAAAAGUUGGAUUGAUGAAAGAUCUGAGAAAGUCAUUGGUGAAUUCAAAAAGCGAAAGACAGAACUUUCUCAAGUAGCUUUAUCCUUGGAUAUUGAUGAAGAUGUUGAGGCAUUUAAGGAAAGCCUAGAUAUACCAGAUGAUUAUACUGUUUGGAAUGAAGUUGUGACAAGGGGAAAAAAGAAAGUUGCUUUUGGCUUAGGUUCUUUUGGUUUAGAUCUCUCUUCAAAGUUGGAUUCCAGAAAUUGUUCAGAGACAUCUAAAGACAAUCUAAAUAUUGAGCAAGAACUUCACAUGUGGAAAGAAAAAGCAAAGGAGCAAGAAAUGAUCAAUGAAGAGCAAAAGAUUAAGUUGAAAGAUGCUGAGCACAAGUUAAAAGAUUAAGGACGUCAACUAAAAGUUCAACAGAAAAGAAUUGGUUCUACUGAAAAGACAAUUCAUGCUUUGUAUAAAAAGUUGAAUCUCCCACUUUCUUCAACCUUGUCUGAUCCUACGGAAGAUGAGCUUGGGACAGGCUCUAGUGAUGAUAACAUGAGUGAUUGAUAUUUGGAGUAUAUGUUUCUUCUGAUUUAGAUUAAGGAAUUUUUAGGUGAAUUAGUUAGUACGUUUUAUUUUAUUCAUGAUAUUUGACCUCU